AUUUUCAAGAGAGAAACCAAGACAAGAAGCUCGAGAGACGCACAUGGAUAAGGGUCACGAGGCGACAGAGGCAGAUAGGCGGCGGCAGCAGACUAUCGAUGCACUCAAACACAGCACUCAGCAGCAACAGCAACCGGCCAUCAAGGAAGCCAUCUCCACCAUCACACUUCAAGAUUUGGCACACAUCAAUGAAGUGCCCUGUGCGCGACAAGCGCUACUCUACGGCGUGGGCUCAGCGUGUCUGCUUGGUGCUACGAAAUUCUUUUGGACACGCAGAGUAGGCCACUCGCUCAACUGGGGUGCAGGCACAUUCGUGGCCAUGUCCCUCGCGACUUUUGAAGGAUGUCGCUUCCAGCGCUUUCAGGAACGCAAUCGCAUGAAGUACGCGGUUGACCGUGUUGAGAUUCGCAGGCAAGAGAAGUCUUCAUGAGACUCUACGAUACUACAGAGCGUUGGUAUGGAUCAGCGACUUAAAUGUUUGAGCUUCAGUGCGUCCUGGGGCUCCCAUGACAGCAUCACGCAGACCUUGCGGCCUACGAAACACUGCCAAGUUCCCAGUACGCUUUGCCAAUAUGCGUCUCAUCAUUUCCAAAUGGAGUGCUUCUCAAAUGCAAGAAAACAGCACGGCGACCUUGCUUGUUGGCAAUCAUAAGGAACAAUUAAGUUGUUCAGCAUUGCUCGCGAAGGUUGUAUAGUCCUUCGUGGGCAUCUGGUACCUAGGUCUAAUCGUGUUGCCACAUUCAGUCUCUGUGUUUCUUCUUGCCUCUGGAAAUCA